CGAGCCGUGCGACGAGAAGGCGCUGUCGCUGUGCCCGCCCCCGCCCUGCCGCGCCCCCGGCCGGCCGGCCAGCCCGGCGGCGUCUACACGGAGCGCUGCGCCCAGGGGCUGCGCUGCCUGCCGCGCCCCGGCGAGGACAAGCCGCUGCACGCCCUGCUGCACGGCCGCGGGCUCUGCCUGGCCGACAAGGGCCCCGCCGACAAGGACAAGGACAAGGACAAGGACAGGGCCAAGCCCGAGAAGGAGUCCCGAGAGCAUGAGGAGCCGACCACCUCGGAGAUGACGGAGGAGACCUACGCGCCCAAGGGAUACCGGCCCAAGCACCCGCGCCUCUCCGAGCUGAAGGCCGAGGCCCUGAAGAAGGACCGCAGGAAGAAGAUGACUUCGAGCAAGUUUGUCGGCGCGGCGGAGAACACGGCGCACCCCCGGGUUGCUGCCCCCGAGCUGAGGCCAGAGUUUGAGCUGGGUCCUUGCCGCAGACAGAUGGAGGCGUCGCUGCAGGAGCUCAAAACUAGCCAGCGGAUGAUCCCCAGAGCCGUGCACCUUCCCAACUGCGACAGGAAGGGUUUCUACAAGAGGAAACAGUGCAAGCCGUCCCGAGGCCGGAAGCGCGGGCUGUGCUGGUGCGUGGACAAGUACGGCCUGAAGCUGCCAGGGAGUGGGUACGUGUCUGGAGACCUGCAGUGCCACCACUUCGACAGCAGCAACACCGAGUGAACCCCCCGCUGAGACCUCCCCGACCCCCGUGCCUCCCCGCGCCCCGGACUCGGACUCCUUUCAUCUCAUUUUUAAAUAAAAAGAAACAAGCUGAAGAACCUGAGAACCUUGGAAUCGACAGUCCGUCCUCGACCUCGGCGACGGCGGCGACAGAGACUGACAGAGGACAGGAAAGGAGGAGCAGAAAGACAAGCCAGUGGCUUCCUCCACUCCUCAUCCCUGCUCCCCGCGACUCCCCCGGCCACGGCUCCCCGCUCCCCGCCGAGGAGCGGAGCCAGCACGAGCCUGUAGGAAUUGCUCGAAAGCACUUGAGUUGGUGUUUUGCUCUUGUGGGUUGCUUUGAUUUUUUACUAUUCCUUCAUUUUUUUAUUUUUUGUCCCGGAUUAGCUAGCCGCUUCCCCCUGCGGUCUCUAGAGAAGACGGAGGAGCCCCGCCACGAGCAACACUCCCACUCCUUCCACUCGAGUCCCUUCUUCCCCUUCCUCUCUCCUCUGCUAGGACUUGAGUGGCUUUGAUUUUUCUCCUCCUCUCUAUCAAUAUAUCUAUAGCCAUAGAUAUAUGCAGAUUGCUGGGGGGUCAUAGAUAGCCUUUUAUAUACCUUUUUUUAAUGGUUUGCCUUAUGCGAGGGAGCAGGUCAGCGACGCGGACACCAGCCAAAUGUAUCGGUAGACUUUUGGAAAAACAACCCCGCCUUCCCGAUCCCUCGGGGGAAAGGGGUGGUGUCCCUUAAGCAGGAGAUCGUAUUUCCUGGCAUAUGUGACUCUGUUGAGCUGUUCUCCAUCAGCGUGGGGACGUCUGUGGUCUGUCGCCUCCUUGCAAAACUGGCCCCCGGCCCGAACGCCGGUGCCUUCAACUUCAAGUGCAGAGCCAUUCCCUCGAACCAUCUCCCGGGCUUGUCGCAGACAAACGUCCCUUGCAAAUCGACCGCGACCGUUCAAGCCCGUGCAUUACUGAAGGGGUUGCGGGAUCGGGGCGUUCCUCGGCCACCCCGGCACCAUUUGUGUCACGACGAUGAUGAAGAUGAAGACGGUGAUGGAGAGAAACUAAUGACAUUUUUAAUUGCCCAUCCAAAUAGGUGUUUGCCCCAGGCCAAGAUGCUGUUUCAAGGCUGGCGAAUGCUACACACCCAUGCACACACAGAUACGUGCAAGCCCGUAUCUAUUUUUUUCCCCAGUCCAGUGUUCAGACACCCCUUUCAAGGCUCCUACAGACGGUUUCCAUUCGCUCCGUACAGUCAGAGCCCCCCCAAGCCCAACCCGAGCAAACCGGGGGCCCUCAGGGCAUGUAAAUCCAAUGGACUCAAGCUGCUUCUCCAGGCUUAGACAGACCGCGACGUCCUUGGGACUCUACUUUUCUUCUUGACUCUUGAGACCGUUUCUUUUAUUUCACCACGACAAGGGUCUUGGCUAGGUUUGCUUCCACAGAGAUCCUGCAGGAAAUAAAACAGCCCUCCAGGGAAAGGAGCAAUGGGCUCAAUCCUUGCUUUGGAGACCUGCUAGCGAUUAAGAAACCUCUCCCUGUUGCUAGCUGUCUGAGCGUGCAGACACGCACGUGUACACGAGACAGCGACCGUUCCCUCCCAGACGAGGAUUGCCGUGCGGCGGGCCGGGAGCACGGCCGGACAACGCGCUGACACCCGGCAGAAGAAGGAUGCCCGCUGCGAGCGCAGGUCAAAGGGAACCGGCGAGCCUCCGUGAGGGAUGACAGCUUUGUGCUAAAGGGACACGGGUCCAGCUCUGUCUCCCUCCCGCCCUGGACCUAGGAGGCAGCUUCUCUUCUGGUUUCACUCUGGAUUGCAUUGGCGCGGGAGGUUGGGUGGAGGGGAGCAGAGGAGCGGGCUGCUUGGCGAGUCCCGGGUGUGAAACAGGGCUGCCCGGUGGCCUCGAAAGGCCUCGUUCUCCGGCCUUGGGGCAGAAGGAUUGAGGAGGCUUUGAACCAUGCUCCUUGUUCCCCGGUGCUACGGAGGGUCCUGCCAGGCCUCCAGCAGACCGUGAGAGCGGCCUCCGGGCUGCUCUGCCUCGUCCUCUGCAAAAAAGCCUCGUGCACCGUGCUCCGGUCCAUCUCCUCGCCGGCUGGGCGUAUUGCACAGCGGCCUUGGAGGUUCCCUGAAUUGGGGGGAUGCUCGAGGGGGGGCGCUUUUUCUGCACCUGCAAAGACCCCUCUCUGCCGCUGCGCUUGUGUGAAGGGUCCUUAGUGUCACUGGGAUCAGGACCAAGCCACGUGAAUAGCAGAGAGGAGAAAAAUGGCAAGAACACCCCCCCGACCCAUCUCCAUCACCAGGGAUGGAGAUUUCCUGAGGGUCUCCCUCCUGGCUGUCACAUCCACUGGGUUGCAUCCAGCAAGGUGCCUAAACCGCUGCACACCAGAGAGGCUGGUUGCCACGUACAAAGCCAGGGCCUAGCUCAGCGUCCGCCUCUCCCCCCUACAAGGUGUGGGGCUGUGCAGAUCCGGUCUCCCUCGGUGCCGCUUUCCCUGCGUGCAUUGCCACAGGCAUCUCCGGGGUCAGAGCAGGAGUUUUUGGGUGGUGACAGAGGGUGUUGGAGGGGAUCGGGGAUGCCCCAGCUUGGCAGCGGUGGGAGAAAGUGUGGGUGGCUUGGAAAGGGGUUGAGUAGUGGGGCAAAGAGGAAGCCCCUCCUCGAGAGAGGGCCGUGCCCCAGGCAUGACGGCGUCCCAUGGGUAGGCCUUCCCUUCUCUCUUCCUCCGACUGUCCCCACGAGACCACUCUCGCCUGCCUACGGCCAGUACCACCCUCGUCCAAGACGCCUCCUUUUCCCCCCUCUCUCUCGUUCUUUUCUUUAUCUAUCUAUCUAUCUAUCUAUCUAUCUUUUUUUUAAUUGUAUUUUAUUUCUCAAAACUUGAAAGCCUUUGGCUGCAUGGGGAGGAUCCUGCCUGGUCUGGCAUGGGGUCGCGCUGUGGUUGUGGUCAGGGGAAGGCAGCGGUGUGACUCCCAGCUGUGCUGGGACCCUGUAGCUUUUGUCCCGAGACCGCUCCGGGACGCACUUCUGGGGCCUGUUUGAGGCUGGGCUUGACCCCCAGGCUCUGGGUCGAGCCCUGAUCCUGACCCCUGCCUCUAUGGGGUGGACUCUUGCAAGGGGCGGAGAGCAGGAUGCGUCCCUCCGACUGAUGGGCAAUAGGAAGUGGAAAUGGAGUCUGGUCCCUAGACCAGAAAACGCAGGCAUUAGCCAAGAAAAACCACCCCCGCACCAAUGUGUGCACACGUGGGUGCACGCAGGUGUGUCCCCAGGUAACCAGUGCUCUCUAAGAGGUAGCUGCCACCUUCUAGCCCCUUGGGAGUCUUCUCCCCCUCUGAAAUCAGCCCACAAGAUCCUCUGCCCUGUGGCUCGGGCUGCAAAGCCCAUCCGUGUGCGCGGUGCUGCCCGGGCCAGCUUUGGCCCAUUGAAAAUACCCGGCUGCUUUUCAGACCUGGGAAGGCUCAAAUGACCUGUUGUGCCGAGCUCCCGGCGCGUGGGUCUGCAAGGGGCUGACAGUGGGUUUGUCCGCACGCAGGGGGGAGACCCCAGGAGAGGCAGCACCGUGCGGCCAGUGGACCUGUGCGCACAGCUGCAGGGCUGACUUCUGCCGAGCGAGGGGCAUCCGUGGUGCACUGACCACGUCACUCCCCGUGUUCGAGCAGCCUCUGCCCUCCGGUUUGCUAUGGGAGGGAUCACAACUCCCCUCGGUCUCCUCUGCCUCCUUGAGGAAGGCGUCCCAUGCACCAUCGGGGGUCUUGCACGGGGAAAGCCGGUGCCUGCCUUGCCUUAUCCUUCUACCGCUGUGCUAGCCAAAGAGCAGCCGGGCGGGCGGCAGCCCGAAGGAAGGGCUCCCUGGGGUUCGGACGCAUCGGGAACAGCCUUUCCAAGCAAGGGGGUGCAGACAGCUCCUCACCCGCUGGGUUACCCCUUGUCUGUGCUGCAGCGGACACUCUGAUUUUAUUUUUAUUUUUUUUUUUAUAAAAACCACUAGUACAAGAGCAUUUUGCACUAUUUCUCCUCCCUCUCUGUCCUGCCCCGCCUCUCUCUUUGGUGGUUUUCCUCAACGGCGUGCGUAUAUUUAAACCCUCGACAAUUCACCUCGAUUCCAGACAGCUGUCCUGGUAAGCAGCAGCUCGGCUCACCACGUGAUGCACUGCGCUGACUCCCACCUGCCCCGCCACCGCCCGGGUACCGUCCUUCCACCGUACCGUUAUAGCCCAUUAUAGCACAGUUGUUAACACACCGGAUUUGGAGGUUCCUGCCUGGUUUUAUCUUUAAGCAAUACUCACUACACAUUUUUACGGUAGCUCUUUAUAGCUUUACAUACAUACAGUAGCUCUGAUUUCUUUUUUUUUUUUUUUUUUUUUUUUUCAUUAAA